AUGAAUCCUAAUAGAGGAUUCUCUGAAAAUUAUCGUUGUUUCCCCAUCGCCAUGAUGCAACAUGGACAUGAUAGAGAAAAUGUGAAUUAUGGUGGAAAAAUCAUUCUUCCUCAAUCAGCUUUAGAGAAACUUUCACAACUUAAUAUUUCAUAUCCAAUGCUAUUUAGAUUAGUCAACGGUGCUGAACGAACACAUACACAUGCAGGCGUGCUUGAGUUUAUUGCUGAAGAGGGUCGGGUUUAUCUUCCACAAUGGAUGAUGGAAACACUAGGCACUGAGCCUGGAAGUAUUAUCGAAGUUAAAAAUGUCACUUUGCCUCUAGGCUCCUUUGUAAAGAUUCAACCUCAAUCAGCAGACUUUUUAGAUAUAACAGAUCAUCGUGCAGUAUUAGAAAAGGCCUUACGUAACUUUUCGACAUUGACUGUGGACGAUAUCAUACAGAUUAAUUAUAACAACAAGGUGUAUGAAAUCAAAGUGUUGGAAGUCAAGCCAUCAAACGAAGAACAUUUGGGCAUAUCUAUUGUCGAAACGGAUCUCGAAGUUGACUUUGCUCCACCAGUAGGUUAUGUUGAGCCAUCACAGCCGGUGCAGACAGUGAAAAGUCAAAUGGUCAUUGAUCUUCCUAAACCUGUCAAGACAGGGUUCACAGCAUUCCAAGGCGGAGGACAGAGUCUUCGAGGAAAGAGUAAACCAAAUACGACAGAUGAAGGCGAUGCAGAAAACGGACAAGACGACGGUCCCCUCGAUUUACCUUUUGGAACACUUUACUUUGGAUUUCCUAUCAUUCCUCCACCCUCAUCUAAUGACAACGAUAAAAAUGAAAAGCCUACGUUUACAGGAACAGGCCAAACAUUAAGAAGCAAAAAGAAAUAA